GGCGCGGCUGCCAGAUGUUGAGGCGGCUGCGGCGGGAGCUACCGAAAGCAAGGAGCCUAGGGAGUAAAGCAAGGGUGAGGACGCCCUGGCGGGCCGACCCGGCCCACUCUGCGCUCCUUCCGCGGGUGAUCGAAAAGGAGCCGGCCGACCUGGAGAGGGCUACAGUACCAGCACCAACAUGCACAGCGCUCGGCUUGACAGCUUCCUGAGCCAGCUCCGCUGGGAACUGUUGUGUGGUCGGGACACAGGCUCACCUCCAAUGCCUGGCUCACUGCAACCAAAACCCAAAACUGAUCCAAGUGUACAGCCCAAGCGCCAAUUCAGGGCCUCAGAUGCUUUGGAAGAGGACUCUGUGUGCUGUGUGGAAGAAGAGGAGGAAGAGGAAGCCUUGGUAGCAGAAGACAGGGGUGCACCCUUGGGAUGUCCUAGGGAGCAUGCCCUAGACUGGGACUCUGGCUUCUCAGAGGUGUCUGGCAGUACAUGGCGAGAGGAAGAGCUGUCUGUACCCCGGCGCCAAGCACCCCCAGAACGGCCACCUCAUAGCCAGCGUUUCUCAGUCAGUGACCUCGCCCUGCGCAGUAGGGCAGCUGUAACCAACAUACCACCUGCCCAUCGACCCCGGCCCAAGUCUACACCAGAUGCCUGCCUGGAACAUUGGCAGGGACUGGAAGCAGAGGACUGGACGGCAGCCCUGCUGAACAGGGGUCGCAGUCGGCAGCCCCUAGUGCUAGGGGAUAACUGUUUCGCUGAUUUAGUUCAUAACUGGAUGGAGCUGCCUGAAGCUGCCAGUGAGGGAAGUGAUAGAGGUGUUUCCCGAGCCCGUGCUCGACCUCCUCAGUUCCUGCUUGGCCUCUCAGAGCAGCUAAGGCGUAGGCUGGCCAGGGCUCGCCGGGCAGCUAUGGCAGGAAAGCGGCUGUCAUGCCCACCUCGUCCAGAACCUGACCUGCCUGCGGACAUCUCACGCUUUGCAGCUCUCAUGAACUGUCGAAGCCGCCAACCCAUCAUCUACAAUGAUAUCAGCUACCUCUGACCCUGCCCUCCAGCUAAGGACAAUAAAGGCUUUUUUUUUCUAAACUGCUGGUUCCACUCCUGAGGCUUCAGGAUGCA